GGAGUGGGAGAGGCUGGGCCGGGCGCGGCCCUGGCGCCCAGGAGGGGGAAAUGUGGCGCUGAGGGAAGGGGGCAUCCCCGAGGGCGUGGGGCCCGGGGCAGGCGCCCUAGCCCCGGGGCUGAGGCGAGGUGAUGGGCCAGGUCUACCCCCGGGGCAGUAACCGGAUCCAAAGAAAAUGCCGGGUCCAGGGAGGAGGCGCGCGGACGUGGUGCGAGAGGGUUUGCCCCAGCCAGUUCGGACUUUUCGACUGCUCCCUUUUGAGACGGUAGACCCGCCCUCGGUGUGCCUUUUAUUUUCCUCCGCUUUUUCUUAAUUAGCUCCAGUAGGAUAACUGUUUGCAGUCGUCAGAAUAAUACGUUGGGGUUUUUGUUUGUUUUUCCAGUUUCCCUCCUGACUCCUUAAUGCAGGUAUCAUCGUGGUUUUGGGGUGAAGACUCCCGUGUCAAGCUACGUUUUUAGACUUUUUUCAGCUUGAGAGAAAUGGGUUGAGGCUUUUUGUCACUCCUGGGUUUAAAGAAUAAGUGUAGCAAAGAUGAGAGAAUGGACUGAGCUGCUUCGGUUCCGCAAGCCUGUCACCAUGUUUUAGGAACUUUGUGGGGUCUGAUUAGGAGGAGACGCUGGAAUGAGAGCGCCUUGCCCCGUGGAGCUCACAAUGUGAUUUGACUCCUAUGUUUUUGAAAUGAUAAUAGAAGUAAGCUUUAGUUACACAUACCAGAUGGUUGUUAGCAACUGUUGAGUACGAAUGUCAGGAAAUUUUAAAGUUAGCUUUCGCUGAAAGACCAUUGUCUAGCUACAUUUCGCACCCUGAAAUGAUCCACAUGUCUCCUCUUUACCUAGCUUCCCCUGGGCACGGUGGUCUUAAGUUCUAGUCUCCUCGUCUUCGCAUUCAAUUUGAAAUAAAACCAAACACCAGCUGGCCUUAAGUACUAAAUAGUUAUAGUUAUCCCUGUUUCCAUCAUAUUAUUUCCCACUUUUCUUUCCUCUUUUUUUUUUUUAAGAGAAACUUACAACAGUUUGGCUGCAGCACCAGAGGAAUAUCAGAUAGUCUUUUGCCUUGAUCCUGAUAGUUUCUGAACUGGGGAAAAGAAAUGGAAAAGGAUAUGUAAAUUGUAAACAAAACUAUAGUUGAUUAAUCAAUUAGGUAUUCAUUCCUUGAGACAUCAACUGAUAACACAAUUAGCACACACUUCAUUUGUGAUAUCUGAAGAGGAGUUAGUGAAAUUUAGCUUUUGGUUCAAAUAGAAGUCACCCAGUGAAUUUAUCCUUGUCACAGGCACUCAUCUUCCACACAUACUCUCUCCACCACGAAAUCAUCAAUAUUCUCUAUCUCAAACACCACCAUCUACCAGGUGCUCAUAUGGGGAACUUGAUAGCCGGCUCCUGGGCUCACCCUCUAACCGUUCCAUAGUCAGUUGCUGGGUCUUACGUAUUCUACCUGUUAAAACCCUUCUAAUCCAUCUACUGCUCUCCAUCUUAAUCACUGACACCUGGACUAGCCUCUGAAUUGGUCUCCCUAUAUUCACUGUUGCUACAUUCAAUUCAUUCUCACUACAGACACAGCCGUUAAUCAAGAAUUACAAGCAAUGCGUGUGUUAGGGAUGUUUGGAGUACUAUGAAACUCCACAGCGGUGAAACACAAUCUAGUAUAGAGGGUCAGGAUUGAGGGAGUGCAGAAGCAAAGGAAUAUUAGAUAUCCUUUUGCCUUGAUCCUUGUAGUUUCUGCACUGGGAAAAAAAUGGUAUUAGUCCUUUGAGUCUCCUUAAAGAGGUGCCAUCAUGACUGGUCUUCAAACCACAUUGUGAGGAAAUGAUUGAUUAGCUGUGUAACCUUAGGGAAAUCCCUUUAUCUCCAUGGGCCUCGUUUCCCCAGUUGCAGCAUUGUUAGUGGAAUCAGAUCAUCUCGGUGGUUCCUUCUAGUUCUAAAAUUCUAUGAUUUCUAUGCUUCAUAAGCAUGAAUUAUGUCCAGCAAGGUGGCAUUGAAAGGCAGGCAGCGUUAGAGUGUGGAUCAAGUGACUGCUGUUGUUCACGGGGCUAGAUUUGUUUGUUUCCCACAACCUUUAACACCUGCUUAUCAAGACCUUCCCUGCCUGAUAGGAAUCUCCAUGAAGGCAGCUACUAAGUCUGUUUGGACUAUUAAGUAUUCCCCGGGCCAAACACACAUGGCAUACUCAUUUAUUGGUUUAACUGCAGAAGAUAAAUGAUUUGUAUUUUAAUGAGGUGGUUUUCAACUAUGCACCAUCUGAAAAAUAAACAUGUUAGGUUGUAGCUCCUCCCAGCUAUUGCAUUAACUGAGGAUUUACAUUAUCUUUGCAUUGCCAUGUAAUUAGUUUGAUCUUUCCCACUAGACUGAGUAUUUCAAGGCAGGAAUUCUUGUUCCUCCUUGUGUCCCCGGCACCUCAGCCCAUAGCAAAGAGCUAGCACUAUUUAACUGAGGCACAUUAAUAGUAAAGAAAGCUUUGCACUUGAGAGACCAUGUGAUAAAAUAUGUGCAGUAACCAGUAGAUAAAAGAAGUGAAAUUUUUUUGACACCCAGAAUAAACCAUCUCUUAAUGUAAGAAAGUAGCAGUUUGGGGUUCAUAUAUCCAAGAAUUACUUAAGCAAAAAAUCUGCUUUAUGAAACCGAGCCUGUUUCCUUUCCUUUGGUAUGUACAAAGAGGUUUAUGAUACCACCCAGACUUUCAGAGAGUUGAGAAAGGUUUUAUUUGCAACCUGGAGAGAAAAGAGAAGCUGAUUUUUAUCCAAUUAGGGAAGGAACCUCAUAACUCAGAACAAACCACCCCACAUUAAACUCAACAGUUUGCUGUGUACUGAAAAGGAAAAGAAAAAAUAAUAGCAGCCACAUUCCCUCAGGUUGAAACAAUCUCUAAAAGUGAUAUUUACUGGAUGUACUUACUGAGCAACUAAUCGCCUGGAAUAAUAAGACACUUGAAAAGAGUCCCUCACCAAGGUCGUAAAGGGAGGUUUUGUUUUUCUCUUCAGGCCAUGGGUCCGGGCAAGAGAAUGGAUUGAAUUUGUUUAAAACUAUUGGCUAGAAAAAAUAGAUUUGGCAAACUUCUGGUAGUUCUCUGAAGAACUUGAUUCAUUUCUAGUGGUCAGUAAAGCUCUCUGAGGCCAGAUAGAAAAUUUGGUCCUCUGUCUGACAGUGGUAAGAAAUCUGCCUGCAGUGUCCUUACGGGAUUUUCUCUCAGAACGAGGUUUCUGUAAGAGGUCUUCUCCUUUCCCUCAUCACUCUUCCUGAAAGGCUUUCAGGAGAAGCACAUUUAGAACCCAAGUUUUAUUCCUGAGUAGGUCCUUUAUUAAUGAGUAUGUUUUUAGCCUUACUAGGAUACAACCAGGUUUUUUUAAGGCGAAAAAUAUUUUUUUCUUGUAUAGCAUAAUCAUUUGGGUAGAAAUUUUGAGCAUGAAGGCAAAUUAGAGCAUAAAUUACAUUCCUUCAUUUUAAAGCAAAUCUUGUUGAAAGCCACAUUAUGUUUUGUUCUACCGCUAGAUUAUAAUAUCUUUAUAUUUGUAUUUAUAUUAUAAUGUCUUUAGUUUUUUACCACCUGCAGUGUUUUCCACCAGUAUUUGUUUAUUAAUUGUGAAUUUAAUGUGUUGAUCAGAAUAAAGAAUAAAGACACUAGCUACUGUUCUGCUGAGAGUUUAGGUAAAAGGAGGGAGAGGUGGCUCCUAAAGUCACUUUAAAAGGUUUUUGAUAUGCAAAUAAUAACCCAGACUCUGGGUAAGAGGUUAGGUAACCUCUUUAAGCCUGUGUACUCCUCUGUAAAACUGGUGUUAAUAUUUCCCACCUUACAGGAUUGUAUGAAGAUUGAAUAAAAUGAUGUAUGUAAAGUAACUGGUGGCAUAGUAGCUACUCAAUACAUUUAUCUUUUCAUCUUUGUGUCCUUAAUGCCACAGUAGCAUCUAGCACAUACACGUGCUUAAUAAAUAUGGUUGAAUUGCACUGGUGAAGCCAGUAGUCUAGAGGACACAGGCAUAACAGAUAAACAAUUGCAUAUGGUGUGAACAAGUGCUGGCACAGGAGUAUCUCUCAUAGGGCAGCAUGAGCUAAGGAGAAACUCACCCUAAGUCAGCUAGGGAAAAUCCCAGAGGCCUCAGAAGAAAUGGUAAUAGAGCUGAGACUUAAGAAGGAAUAGAAUUUUGCCAGGGAUACCAGAUGGGCCUAAGGAGGAAGACUAGGAAAACAGAAGUGACACAUUUAUUAGAGCAUGGAUACAUAAGAGAGCACAUCCUGUUCCCCUAGUAGAGGUGGGGUUCACUAAAAGGCUGUGAAGAUGGUAGGCAGAGAUCAGAUUAGAACGAACAUGCCAUUAAUGACUUUACAUGUAGGCACAGAGAGUUGCUGUAGAAGAGGAAGUUUAUUCAUUCAGUAAAUGAUUGUUGACUAGCUACUGUGUGCUAAGUACUGAGAAACAAACAAAAAAAUUGCUGCCCUUGUGGAAUUUACAUUCUAAUGGGGAGACAAUCAUGACAAAUGGAUCAUGACAAAAGUGAAGACUUUACAGGUUAUUAUAAUGACUUAGGCUUUUAAUCAGUGUGAGAUGGGAAACCACUGGAAGAUUUUGAAUGGAUGAAUAAUAUUUGACUUACUCCAUCAGUUGUGUUAAGAAUAAACAAUGGAAGAUGCAAAGACAUAAUUAAGAAGCAAUUGCAAUAAUCUAGGGCAAGAGAUAAUAGUGGUUUAGAGCAGAUGGUGGUGAUAGUAGUUGGAGAAGUAAAAAGUGGUCAGAUUCUGGAUAAUUUAGAGGUAGAACGAACAGGAUUUGCUGACAGCCUGGAUGUGCUGUUUGAGGAAGAGGAUGAGUAAGAUUUUCAGCCUGAGGAACUAAAAGUGUGGAGUUGCCAUUUACUGAAAUGGCAGACUACAGGAAGCAGGAUGUAAGUCAGAGUACAGCAGAAAAUGUCCACUGAACGGACUUCUUGGACAAGUUUGUCCACUAUUCAGAAAAUAGCACUGGGCCUCGGGAUCCCAGCCAGUGCAACGAUUGCCUAUAUCCUAUACCGCAGAUAUAGGGAAAGCAGAGAAGAACGGCUGACGUUUGUUGGGGAGGACGACAUCGAGAUAGAGAUGCGAGUUCCCCAGGAGGCUGUGAAACUCAUCAUUGGCCGGCAAGGAGCCAAUAUUAAACAACUGCGGAAACAGACAGGUGCUCGGAUUGAUGUGGACACAGAGGAUGUAGGCGAGGAGCGGGUGCUGCUUAUCAGUGGUUUUCCUGUUCAGGUGUGCAAGGCCAAAGCAGCAAUCCAUCAGAUCCUGACAGAGAAUACCCCCGUGUCUGAGCAGCUCUCAGUUCCCCAGAGAUCUGUGGGCAGAAUCAUAGGGAGAGGCGGUGAGACGAUUCGUUCUAUCUGUAAGGCCUCUGGAGCCAAAAUUACCUGUGACAAAGAAUCAGAGGGGACGUUGCUACUAUCAAGGCUUAUAAAAAUCUCAGGAACACAGAAGGAAGUGGCAACAGCCAAGCAUUUGAUACUGGAGAAAGUUUCCGAAGAUGAAGAACUUCGGAAGAGAAUUGCUCAUUCUGCAGAAGCCAGAGUCCCACGCAAGCAGCCAAUCAGUGUAAGAAGAGAGGAAGUGACAGAGCCUAGUGGAGCUGGAGAGCCCACUUUAUGGAAAAAUGCUGGUACUGGCAUGGAGCCGGCUGCACCACUGGCAGUUCCUCCCCGCAAAGGAGGUGGCGACAUGGCUGUUGUAGGGCCAAAAGAAGGUUCCUGGGAGAAACCUAAUGAUGACAGCUUUCAGAAGUCUGGAGCCCAGACCAGUCCAGAGACAUCCAUGUUUGAAAUCCCCAGUCCUGACUUCAGUUUCCAUGCUGAUGAGUUCCUAGAAGUCUAUGUCUCUGCCUCUGAGCAUCCUAAUCACUUCUGGAUCCAGAUCAUUGGCUCCCGGAGCCUGCAAUUGGAUAAACUUGUCAGUGAGAUGACUCAGCACUAUGAGAACAGUCUGCCUGAAGACUUGGCUGUGCAUGUAGGAGACAUUGUAGCAGCACCUCUACCUACAAAUGGUUCCUGGUAUCGAGCCCGGGUCCUUGGCACCUUAGAGAAUGGGAACCUGGACCUCUACUUUGUUGACUUUGGAGAUAAUGGAGAUUGCCCACUGAGGGACCUCAGGGCACUCAGGAGUGACUUCCUAAGCCUUCCAUUUCAAGCAAUAGAGUGUAGCCUGGCACGGAUUGCCCCCUCAGGUGAACAAUGGGAAGAGGAAGCUUUGGAUGAGUUUGAUAGACUCACUCACUGUGCUGACUGGAAGCCUCUGGUGGCCAAGAUCUCUAGCUAUGUCCAGACUGGAAUCGCAACUUGGCCCAAGAUAUACUUAUAUGAUACUAGCAAUGGGAAGAAACUUGAUAUUGGGUUAGAAUUAGUUCGUAAAGGAUACGCAGUUGAGCUUCCUGAAGACAUGGAAGAAAACAGAGCAGUCCCAAACACAUUGCAAGAUAUGGCCACAGACAUGGAUAUCUCUCUUAGCAGCAUGUUCACUGAGACCAAGAAGAGCCCUGGAGAGAUAGCAAAUACCCUGUCCUGUCUCAGCUUAUCAGAAGCUGCCUCUAUAUCUGGUGAUGAUAACCUUGAAGAUGACUACUUACUCUGAAGUUGGCUUCAGCUGCCUCAGCCGUCUGCUUUGCUGUGAUUUGGUGCCUGGAGAGAGGAGCCUGUGAUGAUGAGGUCUUUGCAGUCCUUCCUUCAUUACACACACAAUCUGUCUUGCUGUGAACCAAGUGCAUUUUCUCCUUCUGCUGAACUACCAGAAAGUGUGUGGGGUAGAGGGGAGACAAAUAUAUGUCCCUGCCCCACCUCCUCAUCCCCCUUCCAGUGUUUGAAUACUGCUGCAUUACUUCCAGGCUGCUCAACAUCUGGCUUGUUCCCCUCUGCUGGUCAUAAUGCACAUUACUGCUAGACUGUGUCCUCCUUGAGGCUAGGAAACAGCCAGGGUUUGGUCGUUGGAAGUGAUGAUUCUGCAGACUUCUGACUCACCUCAUCAGGUGACUCUGGUUAAGGGAAGCUUUUGAGUGGUGAACUCAAAGACUAUAGUUGAGUCAGGAGGCAAAGGCAAAACUCAGCAUAAUUAUAUUAAAAAGCCUCAGAAAGAAGAGAAUACUGCCUCCCAGCCUCAGCCGCUGGUAUGUUAUUGGAGACAGGUUUUUUUGAAACAGUGCUCCAGCUAUUUCCCUGUAAACUUUGGUUAAAAUACAAGUAGACAAGGAGAGAGCAGCUCAGGAAAUAUUCUGAAUUGCUAGUAUAGUAUCAUAUAUACACACACACAUCCAUAAAGAGAGAGAGAGGACAUAGAUAGCUGUUUAAAUCAUUUGAGGGAUUCUUUGCUGAAUAAAGUUCUCAAGAAAACUAAAUGUUGGUUGAAUCACAAGGUGAAAGCAAGCCUAUCGAUAUCUUUUUUGUCAAGCACCUCAUGUAGAGGGGCCCCUCGAAAACAGGUGUCAUUCCUAUGCACACAUCAUAUUCUUUCCCCAAACUUCAGAAUCAACCAUUCACUAAGAACCAGAACCAGUUUAGGUUUAGGCUUUGUAAAUUAAGACCCUACCUAAACUAUUUGGAAGAAAAGGCCUGGAUUAUGAUUCUAGAAACCUGAGUUCUAGGAUUAUAUCUCCACUCUAAACUUGUAAGACCUAGGGAGCUUGUUUUCUUAUGGCAUCUCUCCAUUUCUGACUAUUGUUAGGAUCCAUUGAGAACUGUGAAGGUACUUUAAAUAAAAAUGUAUAAUGUAGGUGGUAGAAUAAUGACAAAUCAACAUUUUUUUUAAAGGAUAAGUAAGGUAAACUGGAAAACUUAAAACUAGCACAAAGGAUGCCUUAUGCAUGAUUUUUUACAUCUAGGAAUUAGUGAGGUGUGCCCAUAGACUACAUGGCAACUAUAUUUUCCCAUAGCCACAAUUUUCAAAACUAUAUUUUCUCAGAAAAAUCACAGUACCAAUUAACAGAAAGGCUCCAGUGCAAUCAGUGAAGGGCUGCCGUUGACUGGACAUUUCAGACCUUGGCUGCAGUGAACUCACUGAAGCAAGCUUAGCCCUGGAAUUGGAGCUACUCCACAACAGGGUCAGGAGGCCAGUUAGUCCCCCGUUUCUUCGGCUCCUCAGGCUUUACUCUUAAGAGAGCUCCUGAGAGAAAUCAUUCAUAGGACUUAUUGCUCUGGAAAAUGAGUAGUUUCAUUGCUAGCUGCAGUUACUGUGUAUCAAAGUCUGUUCCUUUGAUAUGGCCUUUAAGUCUUGUGAGUUUACAUGCCAUUCUCAUGGAUUCCUUAUUCCUCCAGUAGAACCCUGCUUUUUCCGCUGCCUGGAAUGUCCUCUUCUAUGCUUCCUAUUUUUUAUUUUGUUGGUUGAAAUCCUCCCCUUGAGCCCAAAGCUCCAUGUACCUGGUCUGAUUUCCUCCACGUCCAAAGAGAAGGAAUUAGCAUUUGUCUCCAAUCUGAACUGAAAUAUAUGGAUGAAACUCUCCUAA